CUUCAUCCUUCCUCUCUCUGCAAGAAAAGAACCAAAAGUUCUACCAAGAUUCAAUCACUCGGAACAAAAAUAUUUCGGGCAAAAUUUCUCUUCUUCUAUGUUUCAUAUCCUCGGAUAUCAACACAGUUACACAAAUCAAUCACAGAAAGAUGACUACUGGAGAUGAAAUUACUGAACUAGCUAUCAAUGAGAAGUCAUUGAAGCCGUGCUUGGACAUGUAUUUUUCUUUUAUUUGUAUCUCACACCGGUCCUUAAGCCUUCCUCUGAGGAUUAUUAUAAAGAUUAUGGAAGGAGUUUGGGAUUUUGUACUCGUGGUAGGUCGUCAUAUGCUACUGCCCGAGGAACGCUUAUAACAAGAGUGGUUUUUGUUUGUAGUUGUGAAGGAAUUCACCAAAGUAAACCAAAUAAACCAGAUCAAGGCGACAGAGUGCUUAAAAGGAAGAGAAACACUUCAACCAUUAGGACAGAUUGUAAGUCUAUGGUAUGCAUAGCUUUGAACAUAGAACUGAACACGUGCUAUAUCAACAAAUUCAUAGAAGAUCACAAUCAUGAAAUGAUCUCUCCUGGAAAGAGACAUCUCAUGAGGGCAAACAAGGUAAUGCCUCCUGCUGCGCGAUGUUUGGCAGAAACAUUCAACAAGCAGAAACUCCAAGUUGGCAAGGUUGCAUCACUUUUGGGGGAAAGUGGGAAUAUUGGAUUCAUAGCAAGGGAUGUUUACAACCAUUUGAGAAUGUUAGAGAAUCUCUUAUAGAAGUGGGUGAUGCGGAAGCUAUAAUGAACCAUUUUAAGAAGAGAAAAAUUGAAAAUCCAAGUUUCUAUUAUGCAGUACAAGUUGAUGCAGUAGGGAGGGCAAAAAAUAUAUUUUGGUUGAUGCACGUUCAAGAAUAGCAUACAGUCGUUUUGUAGAUGCAGUAUCAUUUGAUAGUACGUAUAAGACUAACAAAUAUAGUAUGCCUUUUGCUCCAUUCACAGGUACGAACCAUCAUCGUCAAUCAAUUACUUUUGGAUUUGCAUUAUUAGGCGAUGAAAGUGAAAACACCUAUACUUGGUUAUUUGAGACUUUGCUUGAAGCAAUGGGAGGUCGUCCUCCAAUCUCUAUACUUACUGACCAAGAUCAGUCCAUUACCAAUGCUAUUGCAAUUGCGUUCCCCAAUAUUCGUCACCGUUUUUUGCUUGUGGCACAUUAAGAAAAAAUUUGGCGAGAAACUAAGCCAUAUGUUUUUAAAAAAAUCAAAAUUCAAAUAAACCAUAAAGGCGGUUAUUCAUUUUACAUACACAGUUGAGGAUUUUGAAAAUAAGUGGCAGUCCAUGUUGAAUGAUUUUAAUUUGACAGAUAAUACAUGGCUUGAUGACUUGUUUGUUAUUCGUGAGAAAUGGAUACCUGUGUAUAAUAGGGGCACAUUCUUUGCAGGGAUGAAUCGGACACAAAGAAGUGAGAGUAUAAAUUCCUUCUUUAAUGGUUAUGUGAACUCUAGGACAUCUCUACGGGAGUUUGUUGAAAGUUGUGAUCAAGCUUUAGAACGGAUUUUUGUACGAGAACGAGAGGAAGACUACAGGUCUAUCCAUAUGAAGCGUAUAUUUGUUUCUCAUGAUUUAUUGGUUAAGCAUGCAGCUGGGAUCUAUACUCGUAAUGUCUUUAAUAAAGUGCAUAAAGAGUUCAUCACUAUCUUAAAAUACCGGUCCGACAUACUUAAUCAGGAUGGUGACGAAAUCACUUAUAGAGUGUACUGGGCAGUGGAUGAAAAGGUAAUAGAAGAAAUGAUUGUGAAGAUAAAUGAGGUAAGAAAAAAGGGUACAUGUGACUGCCAUAACUUCGAGUUUGUUGGCUUAAUGUGUAGGCAUUUGCAUCAUAUUCUAAUAUUUCGGUAAUAUGCAAGGGAGAUUCCAUCUCAUUUUAUUAUGGAAAGGUGGACAAAAAGAGAAAAUAGAUCUCAAGUUUUAGGAUUUGACAGUGUGAUAAUGAAAGAUGAUAAGUCUGGAAUGGAAGCCAUGAGAAUAAGUCAUUAUUGUCAAAGGUCAACGAAGCUAGCUUAUAUAAUGGGUAAAUCAGAAAAAGCAUAUGAUGUGGCAAUGGAUUUACUUAACCAAGCAUUUGAGAAAGUUAGGGAAAUUGACAUGUUGGAGCUUGGACAAGAACUAGGGAAUGAUAUGGAGGAAUUAGGUGAUAAUGUUGAACCAAUAGUUACAGAUAAGUCGUACACCAUGAAUGGAUCAGUAGCUAAUGAUGAGUCAUGUGCCAGUUUCCCUGCAAAGAAGAUGGGAAACCCACGCAUUAGCCAAACGAAAGGAAGAAAAUCUGACAAAGAAAAAGCAAGUGCUGAAGGUAACUCUCGCUUUAAGAGUGGUAUAGAACUAAAUAAGAAAGUGAGAACUUGCAUAACUUGUAAAGAGGUAAACGUGAAUUAUGACAGUCGCAAUUGCCCAAUGAAAAAACAAACUCAGCUGCUGUGUGAUUCAAGUAACAUGGGUAAUUGAUAGAAUGUGUUCUAAGAAAGGAUUUCACAUCUCAACCACAAUGGCUGGCUUGUAUAUAUAAGGCAAGGAAUCAGACGUACUUUUGAAGGGGAUAAAUGAAUAGAUGACUAUAUGCCAUGGGAGCUGACAUUACUGGUCCUUGCAACUGUGAUUUUUUGUAUAUUUUCCAACUGUAAUGAAUAUGGAUUCCGAAGUUGUGGAUGUCAGUUGUAUUUUUUGCAAUUGUGUUUUUUGUAUAUAUAACGCGCAGCGCAGGCUUCUUGUUAAUAUUAUUUCAACUUUUGUUAAGGCAAUGCUAAGCUUUUUUAUA